GUUUUCCGUUUUUAAUGAUUUUUGAAUGCUGCACCAAUUUUUAGAGCCAUUGACCAAGUUAAGAACUGAAAUACUAGUAUGCUAUUGUUCAUUCUUUGAUUAUUUAUUAUCAGGUCAGGUAGAUGAACAAGGACGACGACUAAUAAGUCAAUCAUCAAGGUUCAAGGAAGAAAAAGCUACUGCAAUCAAUGGAACCUAAUAAUACAGCUGAAGAAAAUCUACUACUAACAAGAUCAUCAUCACCAUCUUAUGAUGGGAGUGAUACUAAUAACAUUAAAAAUAACCAAAAUCUGUGUAAAAGAUUUUGGGUUGAAUCAAUGAAAGUAUGGAAAAUUGCAUUUCCUACUAUGGUUACAAGAGUCACAUCAUUUGGUGUUCUUGUUGUCACACAAUCAUUCAUGGGUUACAUUGGUGAUACUGAACUUGCUGCUUAUUCUUUGAUGCAAAUCUUUCUACUUCGUUUUGCAAAUGGGAUCCUUUUAGGAAUGGCAAGUGCUCUUGAGACGUUCUGUGGUCAAGCAUAUGGAGCAAAACAAUACCAAAUGAUGGGAAUUUAUUUGCAGCGGUCUUGGAUAAUUCUUCUUAUCACUACAAUGCUUAUUACUCCCAUUUUCAUCUUUUCGACUUCAAUUUUUAGGUUACUCGGUGAAGGACAAGAGUUAUCUGUCGUGGCAGGGAAUCUUUCAUUAUGGUGCAUUCCGAUUCUCUAUUACUUUGUUUUUGACUUCACUUUGCAAAUGUAUCUACAAGCCCAGGUCAAGAACAUGAUCGUAGGAUGGCUAUCUGCAGCUGCAUUUGUUUUACAUAUAAUCUUGUCAUGGGUAUUUGUGAUCAAGUUGAAUUUGGGAGUACCUGGUGCAAUGGGAGCUAUGAUUAUUUCAACGUGGUCAACAGUAAUCGGGUUAUUCAUUUAUGUUUGCGGUGGUUGGUGCGCUGAUACAUGGACAGGUUUAUCAAUAAGCGCAUUCUCUGAACUUCUUCCAGUUGUUAGGCUUUCACUCUCAUCUGGUGUGAUGCUCUGUGUAGAAUUAUGGUACAAUGCGGUUCUUGUCUUAUUGGCAGGAUACCUUAAACAUGCAGAGAUCUCCAUUUCGGCCUUUUCAAUUUGCCUCAAUAUUUUGGGUUGGCAAUUUAUGAUAUUCCUUGGUUUUGCAACAGCAGCAUGUGUACGAGUGUCGAACGAACUUGGAGCAGGGAAUGUGAAAGCCGCUCAAUUCUCCGUUAAAGUCAUCAUGACCACUUCUGUAUCACUUGGAGUGGUCUUUUGGAUUCUGACUUUGGUUUUUGGCAACUCAAUCUCCUACUUGUUUUCGAGUAGCAAUGAGGUUGCAAAAGCAGUCUCAAGUCUCUCAGUUCUUCUAGCUUUCUCAGUCUUACUCAACAGCAUUCAACCAGUACUUUCAGGGGUGGCAAUUGGUGCUGGUUGGCAAACACUGGUGGCUUAUGUCAACAUCACUUGCUACUAUAUUAUUGGGAUUCCUAUUGGACUUCUGCUUGCAUAUGUCUUCCAUUUCCAAGCUCAGGGAAUAUGGAUUGGAAUGAUAUGUGGGGUCGCAAUGCAAACACUUGCUCUUAUUUACUUCACCUGGAAAACUGAUUGGGAUGCUCAGGUGGAAGCUGCAUCAGCCCGGCUCAAGACGUUCUUGAGGGCACCUGAAGAGUACCUAACUGAAUGAGAAAACCUUAUUUCCUCCAUAUCACGGAUAUAAUGUUAUGAACACCGACUACCUGAGCUAGAAACUCGUCAGCAUCUAGAUGAGGGAUUUUUCUGUGUAGGUAGCAGAUUUAAAAGAGGUUUUUUAAAAAAAAAGUUCACUAUGCCAAUUUGUUUGGGGAUAUUCCGGGUUCCAUGCAAGAUAAAAUAUCAAUUGAAUUGGUAUCCCCAAAGCAAACUGGUAACCCGAUUAGCAGCCAUGAUCAUUUUGAUGUGUUUGAAGCUUCACUGGAGUAUUUCUAUGUUUUAUAUACAAAGAGUUCCUUGUUCA